AUGUAUUCCCUCCAUUUACUAUACUUUUGUUGUAUAAUAUGUUUUGCUUUCGCUUUCGUAAAUGUACUGGAUACUAAUGUGAUUCCAAUUCAUUACAAUUUAUUAUUGUAUGCUAAUAUGACGAGUUUCGAAACACAAGGUAUUGUUAAAAUUGACGUGAUCGUUAAUAAUCCAGCCAUAAACGUCAUUAGAAUUAAUUCAUAUAAACUGGGUAUAUUAGGUGCAUCUUUAGAAGGAAUUAAAUCAACCUCUAUUAAAAUCAAUGAUGAGCAACAAUUUAUAGAUAUCGAAUUUCCAUCAGAUACUAUAAGCCCAAUUAAAAAAUUGUUAAAAAGUAAGUCUGUACUUGAGAUCAUAUUUCAAGGGAAAUUGAGUGAUGAUAUGUUAGGAUUCUAUCGUGCACAAUACAAAGACAAAAAUACAAAUACGAGUGAGAUUAUUGCAACAACACAUAUGGAGCCAAUAUAUGCAAGAAGGGCUUUCCCAUGCUUCGAUGAACCAAAAUUGAAGGCGACAUAUUCUAUCACUUUAUUAUCGGACCCAGCAUACACACACCUAUCAAAUAUGGAUGUGAAAGAGAGUUUCAUGAUGGAAAAUGGCUUAAAAGUUACCAAAUUUAAUAGAUCACCAAAAAUGUCAAGUUACUUAGUAGCGUUUGUUGUAGCAAAAUUGGAAUAUAUAGAGACGAAUAAUUUUAGAGUUCCUGUAAGAGUAUAUACGAUUCCAGGGCAUAAAGAAGAAGGGAAAUAUGCUGCUACACUAGCUGCAGAGACAUUGAAGUUUUUCGAAAAUGUAUUGAAGAUCAGAUAUCCACUGCCAAAACUUGAUAACAUUGCAAUUCCCGAGUUUUCUGCUGGUGCAAUGGAGAAUUGGGGUCUGAUCACAUAUAGAACAUCUGAUCUAUUACUUGAUAAGAAUUCAUCGACUUUGAAAAAGAUACAAAGAGUUACUGAAGUUAUACAACAUGAAGUGGCACACCAAUGGUUUGGAAAUUUAGUUACCAUGCAAGAAUGGGGUCAAUUGUGGUUGAAUGAAGGGUUUGCUACAUGGAUGUCACAUUUUGCAAUGAGUAAGUUUUAUCCAUUUUGGAAUGUUGAAGAACGAUCAAUAAGCGAAACGCUACGAGCUGCUUUCUCUCUUGAUAUGUUAGCCUCAUCACAUCCAAUUGAAGUUAAUAUUGACAAUGAAAGUGACAUACAACAAAUAUUCGAUGCAAUUUCAUAUUCAAAAGGCUCUUCUUUGUUAAAAAUGAUUUCUGAUAAGAUAGGUGAAACUGCUUUCAUUACUGGAAUCUCAUAUUAUUUGAAAAAUAAUAUGUACAAGACUACAAACACAUCAACCUUGUUCAAAUAUUUAUCGUUUGCAGCAAAUGAAGAUAUCUCUUAUAUCAGAGAAUGGACCACCAAACCAGGGUUUCCACUCAUAUCUGUAGUAGAAAAUAAGGAUAAUAUCAUUUUAACUCAAUCUAAAUUCUUAGCAACUACUAAUACCACAAUAUCUACAAAUGACAUAUUAUACCCAAUUCCUGUUCAAAUAUUAACGAAAGAUGGAGAAAGGAAUAUCACAAUGAAAGAGCAAUCAAUGAAGAUUGAGUUAAAUUUGGAACGCUUCAUAAAGAUUAAUUAUAAUGGAUCUGGAUUUUAUGUCACAAAGUAUUCCGAAGAACGAUUAAAUAAAUUAUUUUCUAUGAUUAACAUUCUAUCUGUCAGUGAUCAACUUUCAUUGCUAAAUGACAUUUAUUUUUUGACUGUCAGUGGUUCCUUAUCUACUGAUAAAUUAAUUAAUUAUUUACAGUAUUUGAAGUCAUCUAACUCAUAUUUGAUAUGGGAAAUGAUAUAUAAAAUUGUAAUAUCUGUUAAAGAGGUGUAUAAAUUUGAUUACCAUAUCACAAAUUUACUUGAUAAAUUUGUGAUCUCCAUGGCAGCUCAAAAAUUCUAUUUCUUAGGGUGGGAGAUCAGUAAAGAUGAUUCACAGGAUGUCAAACAAUUGAAAAUUAUAUUAUUCAUACUUUUGAACAAUGCUAAUGACCCAAUUAUCGAAGUUGUGUCUAAAGAGCUUUAUUUAAAUUAUAAAGCAAAUAUAACUGCUAAGAUCCCCAAGGCUUAUAUAACAACUCUUUUUGAACAAUGUGGAAAACGAGGAGAUAUUGAAGACUAUGAAUUUUUAUUAAAAGUGUAUAAAGAUUCAGAUGAUUUGAACAUACAACAGUCUGCUCUAAUGAGUCUAGGUUACUUUAAAGAAAGUGAUCUACUUCAUAAAACCAUAUCUAUGUUACUAACUGAUGAUGUUUUAAAGCAAGACAUUCAUAUAUUGAUGUCUGGGAUUAGAUCAAGUCCAGAAGGAACUUACCAAUUAUGGGAAUGGUUAAAACUAAAUUGGGUAGAUAUUUUAAAAAGAUAUCCAGUUGGUUCUUCCUCACUAGGAUCAAUUGUAAAACUCUGUACAAUAGGCUUCGUAUCACAAGAGCAAUACAGUCAAAUCAAAUAUUUCUUCAAAGAUAAAUCUGUAAUCACUUAUAGUAAACUGUUAGAUCAAUCUUUGGAAAUGAUAAUAAUAAAAUCGACAUGGAGAGAUAGAGAUUUCAUGCGUCUGAGUAAUUAUUUAAAUAAUACAAAUAAUAUUCACUAA